AUGGCCUCUCACGCCGUCCAGGCCCGCUCCCUCUAUCGCCGCUUCCUCCGCGAACUACCAGCCCGAACGCCCUCAAUCCUCGCGAACCCAUCUCCUCUUCAUAGGCACAUCCGCAGCGACUUUUCCCACGACAGCAACGAAGAAUCCGCAUCUCUGGCCGAGCAGAUCAAGAAACCGGCAGAGCGAAGGCUGGAAGAGGGCGAACAGUACCUUCGUUACCUCGUCUCGCAGAGGAUAUACACGACGCUGUUGGAGCGGUAUAACCCGGGCAUGAACAUGACCGAGGAAGAGAGGGUGCGGUUGACGGCGAGGAGGGUCGGGAUGGAUCUGCCUGUUGAAUUGAUGCGUGGUGGUGGGAAGCACUGA